AUGGUCUGGGGAGGUAUAUCCACGGAGGGACGCACAAACCUCCACAGGCUCAGCAACAACACCCUGACUGCCAUCAGUCCCUCUAAAACCACUCUGUGUGGGGAACAUGAGAGCCAGACCAAAGCUCAGAGGAACCAACCUGAACCUGAACCUGAACCUGAACCUCAACCUGAACCCAGCUGUGUGUCCUUAAAGAGCGACAAGUCAAAGGGUCUUCCUGUUCAGUUUAAAUCAGGUGUUCCUCCUCCUGCAGAGAGAGUGGAUCAGGAGAGCUCAGAGGUUCCCAGUGGUCAGUCUGCCCAGCAGCAUCAAACACAGCUGGACUCCAUAUUUAUGAUGCUGGAGGACAACAUCAUCACUUUUGUGAAGAACGAACUGAAGAAGAUCCAGAAGGUUCUGAGUCCAGAUUACCCAGAAUGCUUAGAGAGUCAUGGGGAGGGUGACACGGCCUUGGAGGGUGAGGAUAAAGAGCAGAAGAGAAGCAGAGAGGCUUUUGUGAAGAUCACACUGCACUUCCUGAGGAGAAUGAAGCAGGAGGAGCUGGCUGACCAUCUGCAGAGCAAAUACGUUGCUCCACUCUGUCAACAAGAACUUAAAUCUGCUCUGAAGAAGAAGUUCCAGUGUGUGUUUGAGGGCAUCGCUAAAGCAGGAAACCCAACCCUUCUGAAUCAGAUCUACACAGAGCUCUACAUCACAGAGGGAGGGGCUGCAGAGGUCAAUGAUGAACAUGAGGUCAGACAGAUUGAAACAGCAUCCAGGAGACCAGACAGACCAGAAACAACAAUCAGACAAGAAGACAUCUUUAAAGGCUCACCUGGAAGAGAUGAACCAAUCAGAACAGUGCUGACAAAGGGAGUGGCUGGCAUUGGGAAAACAGUCUUAACACAGAAGUUCACUCUGGACUGGGCUGAAGACAAAGCCAACCAGGACAUCCAGUUCAUGUUUCCAUUCACUUUCAGAGAGCUGAAUGUGCUGAAAGUGAAAAAGUUCAGCUUGGUGGAACUUGUUCAUCACUUCUUUACUGAAACCAAAGAAGCAGGAAUCUGCAGCUUUGAAGACUUCCAGGUUGUGUUCAUCUUUGAUGGUCUGGAUGAGUGUCGACUUCCUCUGGACUUCCACAACACUGAGAUCCUGACUGAUGUUACAGAGUCCACCUCAGUGGAUGUGCUGCUGACAAACCUCAUCAGGGGGAACCUGCUUCCCUCUGCUCACCUCUGGAUAACCACACGACCUGCAGCAGCCAAUCAGAUCCCUGCUCAGUGUGUUGACAUGGUGACAGAGGUCAGAGGGUUCACUGACCCACAGAAGGAGGAGUACUUCAGCAAGAGAUUCAGAGAUGAGGAGCAGGCCAGCAGGAUCAUCUCCCACAUCAAGACAUCACGAAGCCUCCACAUCAUGUGCCACAUCCCAGUCUUCUGCUGGAUCACUGCUACAGUUCUGGAGGAUGUGCUGAAAACCAGAGAGAGAGGAGAGCUGCCCAAGACCCUGACUGAGAUGUACACCCACUUCCUGGUGGUUCAAGCCAAAGUGAAGAAGGUCAAGUAUGAUGGGGGAACUGAGACAGAGCCACACUGGAGUCCAGAGAGCAGGAAGAUGAUUGAGUCUCUGGGAAAACUGGCUUUUGAUCAGCUGCAGAAAGGAAACCUGAUCUUCUAUGAAUCAGACCUGACAGAGUGUGGCAUCGAUAUCAGAGCAGCCUCAGUGUACUCAGGAGUGUUCACACAGAUCUUUAUAGAGGAGAGAGGGCUGUACCAGGACAAGGUGUUCUGCUUCAUCCAUCUGAGUGUUCAGGAGUUUCUGGCUGCUCUUCAUGUCCAUCUGACCUUCAUCAUCUCUGGAGUCAAUCUGCUGGAAAAACAACAAUCAACCUCCAUAUGGUUUACAUUAUGGUCUACAUUAUUUAAAAAAUCUAAAUUACAAUCUUUGCACCAGAGUGCUGUGAACAAGGCCUUACAAAGUCCAAAUGGACACCUGGACUUGUUCCUCCGCUUCCUCCUGGGUCUUUCACUGCAGACCAAUCAGACUCUCCUACGAGGUCUGCUGACACAGACAGGAAGUAGCUCACAGACCAAUCAGGAAACAGUCCAGUACAUGAAGGAGAAGCUCAAUGAGAAUCUGUCUGCAGAGAAAAGCAUCAACCUUUUCCACUGUCUGAAUGAACUGAAUGAUCGUUCUCUAGUGGAGGAGAUCCAACAGUCCCUGAGUUCAGGAAGUCUCUCCACAGAUAAACUGUCUCCUGCUCAGUGGUCAGCUCUGGUCUUCAUCUUACUGUCAUCAGAAGAAGAUCUGGAUGUGUUUGACCUGAAGAAAUACUCUGCUUCAGAGGAGGCUCUGCUGAGGCUGCUGCCAGUGGUCAAAGCCUCCAACAAAGCUCUGCUGAGCAGCUGUGAUCUGUCAGAGAGAAGCUGGGAAGCUCUGUCCUCCUCUCUUCAACUAGAAGACUGUGAGCUGACAGAGCUAGACCUGAGUAACAACAACCUGCAGGACUCAGGAUUGAAGCUGCUGCUUGCUGGAUUGGAGAGUCCCCGCUGUAAACUGGAGACACUCAGACUGAGUCUCUGUGACCUCUCAGAGAGAAGCUGUGAAACUCUGUCCUCAGUUCUCAGCUCCCAGUCCUCUAGUCUGAGAGAGCUGGACCUGAGUAACAAUGACCUGAAGGACUCAGGAGUGAAAGCUUUAUCUUCUGGACUGGAUAAUCCACAUUGUAAACUGGAAACACUCAGGGUGGAGCCUGCUGGAGUCCGAUGGCUGAUCCCAGGUCUGAGGAAGUAUUCCUGUCAACUCACAAUCGACACAAACACAGUGAACACAAACCUCAAACUGUUUGACAACAACAGGAAGGUGACAUAUGAGUUGUAUCAGUCAUAUCCUGAUCAUCCAGACAGAUUUGAUCGUUGGCCUCAGCUGCUGUGUAGAGAUGGUCUGACUGGUCGCUGUUACUGGGAGGUUGUGUGGAGAAGAGAGUUUUAUAUAUCAGUGAGUUACAGAAGAAUCAGCAGGAAAGGAAACAGAGAUGACUGUUUGUUUGGAAGGAAUGAUCAGUCCUGGAGUCUGAACUGCUCUGAUUAUGAUGGUUACUCUGUCUGGCACAACAACAGAAGAACAUCCAUCUCCUCCUCCUCCUCCUCCUCCUCUGUCUCUCACAGAGUAUCAGUGUAUGUGGACUGUCCUGCUGGCACUCUGUCCUUCUACAGAGUCUCCUCUGACACUCUGAUCCACCUCCACACCUUCAACACCACAUUCACUGAACCUCUUUAUCCUGGAUUUUGGGUUGGUAUUGGUUCCUCAGUGUCUCUACCUGCUCCAGACAGCAGAAAACUGCAGCGUGAAGAAGUUCUUGGGAAGAAGCUGAAAUACAUUGUUUCACUCUGUCGACAAGAACUUAAAUCUGCUCUGAAGAAGAAGUUCCAGUGUGUGUUUGAGGGGAUCGCUAAAGCAGGAAACCCAACCCUUCUGAAUCAGAUCUACACAGAGCUCUACAUCACAGAGGGAGGGACUGCAGAGGUCAAUGAUGAACAUGAGGUCAGACAGAUUGAAACAGCAUCCAGGAAACCAGACAGACCAGAAACAACAAUCAGACAAGAAGACAUCUUUAAAGGCUCACCUGGAAGAGAUGAACCAAUCAGAACAGUGCUGACAAAGGGAGUGGCUGGCAUUGGGAAAACAGUCUUAACACAGAAGUUCACUCUGGACUGGGCUGAAGACAAAGCCAACCAGGACAUCCAGUUCAUGUUUCCAUUCACUUUCAGAGAGCUGAAUGUGCUGAAAGAGAAAAAGUUCAGCUUGGUGGAACUUGUUCAUCACUUCUUUACUGAAACCAAAGAAGCAGGAAUCUGCAGCUUUGAAGACUUCCAGGUUGUGUUCAUCUUUGAUGGUCUGGAUGAGUGUCGACUUCCUCUGGACUUCCACAACACUCAGAUCCUGGCUGAUGUGACAGAGUCCACCUCAGUGGAUGUGCUGCUGACAAACCUCAUCAGGGGGAACCUGCUUCCCUCUGCUCACCUCUGGAUAACCACACGACCUGCAGCAGCCAAUCAGAUGCCUCCUUGGUGCGUUGACAUGGUGACAGAGGUCAGAGGGUUCAGUGACCCACAGAAGGAGGAGUACUUCAGGAAGAGAUUCAGCGAUGAGGAGCAGGCCAGCAGGAUCAUCUCCCACAUCAAGACAUCACGAAGCCUCCACAUCAUGUGCCACAUCCCAGUCUUCUGCUGGAUCAGUGCUACAGUUCUGGAGGAUGUGCUGAAAACCAGAGAGAGAGGAGAGCUGCCCAAGACCCUGACUGAGAUGUACAUCCACUUCCUGGUGGUUCAGGCCAAAGUGAAGAAGGUCAAGUAUGAUGGAGGAGCUGAGACAGAUCCACACUGGAGUCUAGAGAGCAGGAAGAUGAUUGAGUCUCUGGGAAAACUGGCUUUUGAUCAGCUGCAGAAAGGAAACCUGAUCUUCUAUGAAUCAGACCUGACAGACUGUGGCAUCGAUAUCAGAGCAGCCUCAGUGUACUCAGGAGUGUUCACACAGAUCUUUAAAGAGGAGAGAGGGCUGUACCAGGACAAGGUGUUCUGCUUCAUCCAUCUGAGUGUUCAGGAGUUUCUGGCUGCUCUUCAUGUCCAUCUGACCUUCAUCAACUCUCGAGUCAAUCUGCUGGAAGAACAAACAACCUCCCAGACAGAGCAACACCUCUACCAGAGUGCUGUGAACAAGGCCUUACAGAGUCCAAAUGGACACCUGGACUUGUUCCUCCGCUUCCUCCUGGGUCUUUCACUGCAGACCAAUCAGACUCUCCUACGAGGUCUUCUGACACAGACAGGAAGUAGCUCACCGACCAAUCAGGAAACAGUGCAGUACAUCAAGAAGAAGCUCAAUGAGAAUCUGUCUGCAGAGAAAAGCAUCAACCUGUUCCACUGUCUGAAUGAACUGAAUGAUCGUUCUCUAGUGGAGGAGAUCCAACAGUCCAUGAGAUCAGGAAGUCUCUCCACAGAUAAACUGUCUCCUGCUCAGUGGUCAGCUCUGGUCUUCAUCUUACUGUCAUCAGAAGAAGCUCUGGAUGUGUUUGACCUGAAGAAAUACUCUGCUUCAGAGGAGGCUCUGCUGAGGCUGCUGCCAGUGGUCAAAGCCUCCAACAAAGCUCUACUGAGUCUCUGUAAUCUCUCAGAGAGAAGCUGUGAAGUUCUGUCUUCAGUUUUUACUUCCCCGUCCUCUAGUCUGAGAGAGCUAGACCUGAGUAACAACAACCUGCAAGACUCAGGAUUGAAGCUGCUGCUUGCUGGAUUGGAGAGUCCCCGCUGUAACCUGGAGACACUCAGACUGAGUCUCUGUAACCUCUCAGAGAGAAGCUGUGAAACUCUGUCCUCAGUUCUCAGCUCCCAGUCCUCUAGUCUGAGAGACCUGGACCUGAGUAACAAUGACCUGAAGGACUCAGGAGGGAAAGCUUUAUCUUCUGGACUGGAGAAUCCACAUUGUAAACUGGAAACACUCAGGCUGUCAGGCUGCCUGAUCACAGAAGAAGGUUGUAAGUCUCUGGUCUCAGCUUUGAGCUCCAACCCCUCCCAUCUGAGAGAGCUGGACCUGAGCUACAACCAUCCAGGAGAGGCAGGAGUGAAGCUGUUGGAGCAGCUGAGACUGGAAACUCUCAGGGUGGAGCCUGCUGGAGUCCGAUGGUUGAGACCAGGUCUGAGGAAGUAUUCCUGUCAACUCACAAUCGACACAAACACAGUGAACACAAAAAUACAACUGUCUGAAAACAACAGGAAGGUGACACAUGUGGAGGAGGUUCAGUCAUAUCCUGAUCAUCCAGACAGAUUUGAUCGGCCUCAGCUGCUGUGUAGAGAUGGUCUGACUGGUUGCUGUUACUGGGAGGUCGAGUGGAGAGGAGAGGUUCAAAUAGGAGUGAGUUACAGAAGAAUCAGCAGGAAAGGAAACAGAGAUGACUGUGUGCUUGGAGGGAAUGAUCAGUCCUGGAGUCUGUACUGCUCUGAUCAUGGUUACUCUGUUUGGCACAACAACAGAAGAACAUCCUCUAUCUCCUCCUCCUCCUCUGUGUCUAACAGAGUAGCAGUGUAUGUGGACUGUCCUGCUGGCACUCUGUCCUUCUACAGAGUCUCCUCUGACACCCUGAUCCACCUCCACACCUACAACACCACAUUCACUGAACCUCUUUAUCCUGGAUUUAGACUCUGGGAUAGAGCCUCAGUGUCUCUGUGCUGA